AUGCAAAAAUCAGUAACGAACGACGCGUCGUAUCUUACGACGGAUCACGACUGCAAGAGGAACGUUGAUUUGAGUAUUCGGUACAGUCGAUGGAUUUUGAAGCCAAUCGGCGUCUGGCCAACUUCUCCUAACAUUUUGAUGGCAGAAAAAUAUUUCUAUCGGUUUAUAAAUACCGUUUGCUAUAGUUUGAUUUGUUUCCUUUUGGUACCCUGCAGCCUGUACUUAAUUCUCGAAGUGAAAGAUGUUUAUAACAUAAUAAAAUUAUUUGGUCCGUUGAGUUUCUGCGUAAUGGCGUUUUUAAAGUAUUAUCUGUUGAUCCUACACGAAGAUGAUAUUCGCGAGUGUAUCAAACGCAUCGAAUGGGACUGGAAGAAUAUUACGUACUCUGAGGACAGAGAAAUCAUGAUAACGAAUGCGAAUUUUGGAAGAAGAUUGGUUAUUAUCUGUGCAUUCUUUAUGUAUAGUGGUUUUGCUUUUUAUUAUAUCGCCAUACCUAUUAGCGUUGGAAAAAUUUCUGCGGGAGAUGUCAAUGUCACCUUCAUUCCUCUGGUGUUCCCUUUCUCGAGAUUUAUUAUGGAUACUCGAUAUAGUCCCAUAAACGAGAUUGUAUUUUCUCUUCAAUUAGUAAGUGGCUGUUUGAUGCAUAGUAUUACAUCGGCGGCUUGUAGUUUAGCUGCUAUAUUUGCGGUGCACGCAUGUGGCCAGAUGCAGGUUUUGACAAGCUGGCUGAAACAUUUGAUCGACGGUCGGUCAGAUAUGUAUAACAACGUCGACAGCAGAAUCGCCAUCGUCGUGAGUCAACAUGUUCGAAUAUUGAACUUUCUAGCGCUUACAGAGAAAACACUGCAACAAGUGUCAUUCGUAGAAUUUAUCGGUUGCAUGUUAAACAUAUGUCUUCUUGGGUAUUACGUUAUUAUGGAGUGGAGUUCGAGUCAUUUAACCAGCGCCAUAACGUUUUUCAUAUUACUAAUAUCUCUUACGUUCAAUAUUUUUAUAUUUUGCUACAUAGGCGAGGUGGUAGCGGAACAGUGUAAAAAGAUUGGGGAAACAUCGUAUAUGGUUGAUUGGUAUCGAAUAUCAGGAACCAGAAAGCUUUGUUUUGUACUAAUCAUAGCAAUGGCUAAUUCGUCGAUUAAAUUGACGGCUGGAAAUAUGGUUGUACUGUGCUUAACUACCUUCAGUGACUAUGAAAAGUAUGAAAAAAACUCCCGAGUAUCAACGAUGAAUAAAAAGAAACCUGUCAUGACCGAGCAUGAUUAUAAGAGAAACGUGGAUUUGAGUAUUCAGUGGAAUCGUUGGUUGCUAGUACCAAUUGGUACUUGGCCAAAUUUACGUAAAUCGAUACUAGGAAAAUAUUUCUCUUCGCUCAUUAAUGUUAUUUGUUUCGGUUUAAUCGGCUUUAUGCUCGUAUCAUGUACUCUGUACCUCGUUAUGGAAGUAGAGGAAGCGUAUCAUAAAAUCGAAAUGAUUGGCCCAUUGAGCUUUUUCCUAAUGACGUUUAUGAAAUAUUAUCUUUUGAUACUACAAGAAAAUCACAUCAGCGAGGGAUGCGAACGCAUCGAGUGGGACUGGAAGAAUAUCGAACAUCACGAAGAUAGAAACAUCAUGGCACAGAACGCGAAUUACGGACGAAGAUUAGUGGCUAUCUGCACCUUUUUCUUAUUUAGUGGUUUUGCGUUCUUCUACGUUGUUGUGCCUGCUAGCGUUGGUCAAGUGGUAACAGAGGAUGGAAAUUUGAGCUUCGUCCCGUUACCCUUUCCUGCCUCGAGAUUGAUCGCUGAUGUGCGUUCCAGUCCCAGUAAUGAAAUUAUCUUCUCCAUCCAAACCCUAACAGGUGUCGUAAUGCAUACUGUAACAUCAGCGGCUUGCAGUAUCGCUGCUGUGUUUGCGGUGCAUGCUUGCGGUCAGAUGCAAGUAUUAAUGAACUGGCUGGAACAUUUGGUCGAUGGUCGAUCCGAUAUGAGUAAUAUCGUGGAUGAAAGAAUCGCUAGCAUCGUCACGCAACACAAUCGGAUAUUGAGAUUUCUGGCGCUCACCGAAAGUGCGCUUCAACAAAUAUCAUUCGUAGAAUUUUUGGGAUGUAUGAUGAACAUGUGCCUACUCGGAUAUUACUUUAUAGUGGAAUGGAGUUCGAAUGAUAUUAUGCACUCGAUAACUCACAUGAUCUUAAUGAUAUCGUUCUCUUUCAAUAUUUUUAUAUUCUGUUAUAUAGGUGAACUAGUUGCUGAACAGUGCAAAAAAGUUGGUGAAAUGACAUAUAUGAUCGACUGGUACCGAUUGACAGGAAAAAAGAAGCUUGGCUGCAUUUUAAUCAUUGCAAUGUCCAAUUCGUCGAUAAAAUUCACUGCAGGAAAUAUGAUUGAAUUAUCUAUUAGUACUUUUAGCGAUGUCGUUAAAACGGCGGUGGCAUUUUUAAACAUGUUACGAGCAUUGAUGUGAACAUCUUUAUAACGUAGACGUUUAUUUUUGGUAAGAUAUGGACAUUUCUUCUUAGAAGUUCACGUGUCUAUAUAUAUAUUGUAUUAGA